GGGGUUAGUCUUCCGAUCCAGUAGGUGGCGCUUCAAUAAGCGAAGCGCGCCUGUCUGCAGUCACUCGAGCGCCUCUUGUCAUUUAUGCAUUGCCGCUGGUACAGUGGCAAGAUGGCUGCAGAAGAGGUAGAUGUUGAUAUAGAGGGUGAUGAAUCUGAAUUGAAUUUGAGUGACAUUAAUGGUGGAACCUCCGGAUUCCUGCAGGAUCACUAUUUACAGACAGCAUGGAGAUCAAGCCCUGGUGUAAUACCCUGGAUGUUAGAUAGCUCCAUCAGUGAUGAGAACCGGGUGGUCAUUGAGAAUAUGCUGCUUGAAGAAGAAUAUUAUCUAACAGGUAAGGAGCUGCCCCAGAACUUAUGGACCAGUGAUAAGCAAGGAACUGAAAAAGAAAAGAGGUCAGUGAAAUCGUCCACCUUCCCGAUUCGCUGGACACAAGAGGAAAAGGACAUUUUUGAAAAAGGACUGGCUCAGUUUGGCCGGAGGUGGACUAAGAUUGCCAAGCUGAUCGGUAGCCGCUCUGUUCUGCAGGUGAAGGGCUAUGCUAGGCAGUACUUUAAAACCAAGGCUAAGACAGACAACCCCUCUAAAGACAGAAGCAGCCAAGAGAUCCCCGGUGUCUCUUCCGGUGAUGGGUCAGGAAGCGAGUCUCGCCCCGCUUCGUUCUGUGAAGCUCAGGCUGACACCCACCUCAACACAGUGAGGAUCGAGAGGCUGUCGGACGACGAAGACGUUGAUAUCACCGACGAUGCUGAUGGAGAUGCACGCCUUCAGCUCUCUGAUGUGGAUGGAGACACCCCGGAGGAGGGAAGUGCACACACUGCGAGCUGUGUGGAAGCAGAGACGGUCCAGCCUAGCUCCAUGACAGUACCCCCCUCUGCUGUGGAGCAUGAAACCGCCUCUGCUUGUUAUGAAGUUUCUGGUUUAGCCCCAACAGCAGCUUGCGAAGGACAAACAGCUCUGUCAGGAGAACUCGACUCUGGCCCCAGUCCUGACUGCAUAUCCAGAAAGGAAGGUGCUGAUCCACUGGAAUUGAGCCCUGUGAAGCCUGAUGAAGAAAACAAGGGAGACGGAGUCGUUGUGCAGUCACUACCUGGGCAUGAAUUGAGCGAGGGGACCGCUCAGUCAGAGCAGGUUCCAGGUGCUGAUUAUGAGGGCCCUGAGGAGGAGGAGGAGGAGGAGGAAGAAGAGAUGCUAAAACCACCCGAAGAGGAAGUAGAAAUGGACAAAUUUGCCAUCACUGAAGAGGAGAAACAAGCCAUCUCGGAGUUCUUCGAGGGGAGAUCAUCUAAAACACCAGAGCGCUACCUCAAAAUCAGGAACUACAUCCUGGACCAGUGGGAGAAGUGCAAACCGAAGUACCUGAAUAAAACCUCAGUCAGGCCUGGUUUGAGGAACUGCGGAGAUGUUAACUGCAUCGGGAGGAUCCACACAUACCUGGAGCUGAUAGGAGCGAUAAACUUUGGCUGUGAACAGGCAAUCUAUAACAGACCUAGACUGGUGGAUAAAACACGCUUUAAAGAAGGAAAGGACACAAUGGAAGCUUACCAGCUGGCUCAGAGACUGCAGUCAAUGCGCACCAGAAAGCGCCGCGUUCGGGACGUGUGGGGUAACUGGCGCGACGCCAGAGAUCUAGAAGGACAAACCUACGAGCACCUUACUGCCGAGGAGCUGGCCAAGAGAAGAGAAGAGGACAAGAAAAGACUUCCAAAGCCACCGAAGGUCCCGCGCCAGACCAAAAAUUCAUUUGACCCUUUCCAGCUGAUCCCGUGCCAGGCCUUUGGAGACGAGAAACAGGAACCAUUCCAAGUGCGGGUGUCCGGAGAAGCCCUUGUUGUAAUGGAUAUGCAUGCACAUGUGUCCAUGGCAGAGGUGAUCGGCCUGUUGGGAGGAGGAUAUUCAGAAGGUGAGAGAGUCUUGGAGAUCUGCGUGGCGGAGCCCUGCAACAGCCUGAGCACUGGGCUGCAGUGUGAGAUGGAUCCAGUGUCCCAGACCCAGGCUUCUGAGGCCCUGGCUAGGAGGGGGUACAGUGUGGUGGGGUGGUACCACUCCCACCCUGCCUUCGACCCCAAUCCUUCACUACGAGAUAUCGACACCCAAGCAAAGUUUCAAAGUUAUUUUUCUCGAGGAGGUGCUCAGUUCAUUGGAAUGAUCGUCAGUCCGUACAAUCCCACAAACGCCUCUCCGCAUUCUCAGGUCACCUGCCUCAUUGUCAGCGAGGAGCUCGGCUCAGCUGGAGUUCAUGGUCUUCCAUUUAAGUUUGACAUACAGCAGUCCCCAGAGGAACCUCAGUGGCCCCUUGUUUUGAAGAAGGCAGAGUGGAUAAUUGAGAAAUACAGGCUGUCUCGUGGCAGCGUGCCAAUGGACCGAAUUUUCCGCAGAGAUUCCAACCUUUCCUGUUUAGAAAAAAUGCUGGCGUCGAUGAGGAACUCCCUGGAAAGCCUCUGCAACGCCACAGCCACCGAGGGAUUCUUAGCCCAGAUUGAAACCCUGUUCCUGGACACGUUUGCUGCUGAAAAUAGGAACAGUGCUGUACUCUCUGCAGAAGAACCUGCAACCAUAUGUCCUUUUGAACAGACAUCUGGCUAGUUUCAGGGAUGUACUGUAUUGUUAUGUUUGUCUGUUUGGAGAUUUCAAUCCUCAAUGUUUACUAGCUGUGUUUAUUUACACUGCAAGUUGCAGUGUUACCCAGUAGGAAGAUACUGAUUUCUUUCCUGUAUUUUGUAUAUAAAGUUUGAUUAUAUAUCCAAAGUAGACUGUUGUAAGUACACUAAUAAAACAUUUUAAAGUGUG